AUGAAGUGCCACCAAGAGCACACCCGCAGGGCCAACAAGGUAAGCAAUAAGCCAAUAACAAAUCAAACUCAAGAUACUGCCAUGUGCUACUACACAAGGAAGCACGGGGGUUUAACGACCUUGUUCUUCUAUGAGUAUAACACCACCACCAGAUGCAUUACAUAUAGAGGACCAGAAGGCUACGCCGUUCUACCUGAACUCUCUAAUAGACCAAUUUUUGUCAGUGACACACCAACACAGUUCGACGUCAUUCCAGGUGACAAAUGGCUUGUUUCUUGUCUUGGUGUUCUGCAUUUAAGCAAGGGUCUUUUUUACCGAGUUGUACCCGCCGAUCAAGGAUUCGGUAAUUACAAUGGCAAUGAUGUCGGUGGUGUCGAUAACGAAUCCCUGGACUCGCCAAAACGCGAUUAUUGCGGCGUUUUUAGGUUCAGACUCUGGUGGUGCGGUACAUGGGUUGAGGUCCUUGUCGACGAUCGACUGCCUGCUGUUCAUGGACGGCUCGCCUUCGUGCAAAGCCGUCACAGUGAACAAUUUUGGCCUGCUCUUCUUGAGAAAGCAUAUGCCAAACUUCAUGGGUCAUACGAAGCGCUUAAAUAUGGUACUUUGCUAGAUGGUUUGUCGGACCUUACGGGUGGUAUUACCGAGAACAUCGCUAUCCGUCAAGAUCCUACUGGAUGUGGUCGAGCACUUGCCACUCUCCUCGAUAUGACAUCUCUCAUAACCUGCACUGUUAGCAACAGUCAACAACAGAUACGCAAUAGUGCGGAAAAAUUGGCAAAUGGAAUACAAAUUGGAAUUAAUUAUAGGCUUUACGCAAUUGAAAGGGUGGAAACCUUCAGCGGAGAGGCAGUGCAACUAGUAAAACUUCGCAAUCCCCUUGGACCUGGUGGCGAAUACGUAGGCGCAUGGGCCCGGGGAGGUCUUGAAUGGGACGAAGUUCCACCCGUCGAACGCGAUCGUCUAAUCGUACGCAAUAUGGCCGACGGAGAAUUCUGGAUCUCGUACUCAGACUUUGUGAAGACAUUCACACAUUUGGAGGUUGUACACCUUGAUGCGGAAACUUCGCGAGACGAACCAUCUUUCCAUAGUAAGCAAACAUGGCAAAUGAAGCUGUAUCAGAGCAGUUGGAGGAGAGGUGUUACUGCUGGAGGGUGUCGAAAUAAUCAAGAAACAUUUCAUAUCAACCCCCAAUUGCAUCUUAUUCUCAGUGAAAUGGAUGAAGUAGUAGUUUCGUUAAAUCAACACUCUAUUAUGGAACCGAAGGUAAUUGGUUUUACGGCAUAUGCUUUACCAAAAAAUAGUGCCGAGUCUAUCAAUAAACAAUUCUUUAAAAAGAAUAAAUCUUUAAUAAAUUCACAAUAUACAAAUAGCCGACAAGUGAGUCAUAGAUGUCAACUGGAUCAGGGAUGCUAUCUUCUGAUUCCAACGACGUUUGAACCAAUUCAAGAAACAAGUUUCACAUUACGGGUUUAUAGUAGCAAACCUCUUAAACUUAAAUUGCUUGAUACACCACCAACUUUACUCAAAGCUGCAAUCAUCAAAGCUCCACCUCUUGAAGGCAAAGGGUUUUCUCAAUAUGAAUCUGUAUUCCUUCAACUUGCUGAUGAACAUAGAACUGUUAAUGCAUUUGAACUCCAAGAACUUCUUGAAGCUUGUUUGCCAAAUGAUUACAUUAAAAGUUGUGCCUGCAUGGAUGUUUGUCGUCAAGUCAUACUUACAAUGGAUCAUACUGGAAGUGGAAGAUUAAAAUUUAAUGACUUCAAAGAUAUGAUGUGUAGCUUGAAGUAUUGGCAAGCAGCAUUUAAAAAUCACACAAAAGAAAAAACAGGCAUUUUAAAGGCUGAAAGACUUCGUGAUGCUUUACUUGAAGUUGGUUUUCAAUUAAAUACGGAUGUAUUUUCUCUAGUUAUUUCGCGGUAUAUGAGAAAAGAUGGAACUUUAAGAUUUGGAGAUUUUGUAUCAGCUAUUUUGCAUUUAAACGAUGCUUUUGCUAUUUUUGAAAGUAAAGAUCCACUACAAAAUGGAGCAAUUAAGCUUAGUUUAGUAGAGUGGCUUCGAUCAUCACUCAUGUGUUAAUUCAUU